CGGAGCCGCCGCGGCCGGAGCCCGAUGCCGGGAGCUGGGCGCUGAGGGCGGCCCCGACAUGGGGAUUCUCAGCAUCACGGACCAGCCUCCUCUGGUCCAAGCCAUCUUCAAUCGUGAUAUAGAGGAGGUGCGGUCGCUGCUGAAUCAGAAGGAGAAUAUCAGUGUAUUGGACCAAGAAAGACGAACACCGCUGCAUGCUGCUGCCUAUGUAGGAGAUGUUGCAAUCCUCGAGCUCCUAAUACUGUCAGGUGCUAAUGUUAAUGCAAAGGACACUGUUUGGCUAACUCCAUUACACCGUGCUGCGGCUUCUCGUAAUGAGAAGGCACUUCACCUCCUUCUGAAGCACUCAGCAGAUGUCAAUGCUCGCGACAAAUACUGGCAAACACCUUUGCACGUUGCUGCUGCCAACCGGGCCACCAAGUGCGUGGAGGCCAUCAUCCCCCUGCUGAGCACCGUAAAUGUUGCGGACCGCACGGGCCGCACGGCGCUGCACCACGCCGUGCACAGCGGCCACCUCGAGAUGGUGAAUCUGCUGUUAAACAAAGGGGCCAGCCUGAGUACUUGCGACAAGAAGGAUCGCCAGCCCAUCCACUGGGCAGCUUUCCUAGGGCAUUUGGAAGUUCUGAAGCUGCUGGUGGCCCGGGGUGCUGAUGUGAUGUGUAAGGACAAGAAGGGCUACACCCUGCUCCACACCGCAGCAGCCAGCGGCCAGAUUGAAGUUGUGCGACAUCUGCUGAGGCUGGGAGUCGAGAUUGAUGAACCAAAUUCCUUCGGUAACACUGCACUUCAUAUUGCCUGUUACAUGGGCCAAGAUGCCGUGGCCAACGAGCUGGUCAAUUACGGCGCCAACGUCAAUCAGCCUAACGAGAAGGGCUUCACCCCUCUGCACUUUGCUGCCGUCUCCACCAAUGGGGCCCUGUGCCUGGAGCUUCUUGUGAACAAUGGAGCUGAUGUCAACUUUCAGAGUAAGGAAGGGAAGAGCCCUUUGCACAUGGCUGCCAUUCACGGACGGUUCACGCGUUCACAGAUCCUCAUUCAGAAUGGCAGUGAGAUUGACUGUGCUGACAAAUACGGCAAUACCCCCCUCCAUGUUGCUGCUAGAUAUGGCCACGAGCUGCUAAUUAGUACUUUGAUGACGAAUGGUGCUGACACUGCAAGGCGUGGGAUCCACGACAUGUUCCCUCUGCACUUAGCUGUUCUCUUUGGAUUUUCAGACUGUUGUCGUAAGCUACUUUCCUCAGGUCAGUUGUACAGUAUCGUCUCCUCACUGAGCAAUGAGCACGUGCUGUCUGCAGGCUUCGAUAUCAACACACCUGACAACCUCGGGAGGACUUGCCUCCAUGCUGCUGCUUCUGGAGGGAACGUUGAAUGUCUUAAUUUGCUGUUAAGCAGUGGUGCUGACUUGAGGAGGAGAGAUAAGUUUGGAAGGACUCCACUGCACUACGCAGCUGCCAAUGGCAGCUAUCAGUGUACGGUGACACUGGUCACUGCAGGAGCCAGUAUUAACGAGACUGACUGUAAAGGCUGUACCCCCUUACACUAUGCUGCUGCUUCGGACACGUACAGGAGAGCAGAGACUCAUUCAGGAAACAGCCAUGACACUGAUGAGGAGCCACUGAAGGAGUCCAGACUGAAGGAGGCGUUCUUUUGUUUAGAGUUCUUACUGGAUAAUGGUGCUGAUCCAUCCCUCCGGGACAAGCAGGGAUAUACCGCUGUCCACUAUGCAGCUGCGUAUGGCAACAGGCAGAACCUUGAACUGCUCCUGGAAAUGUCUUUUAACUGCCUGGAGGAUGUGGAAAGCACCAUUCCAGUCAGCCCUUUGCACUUAGCUGCCUAUAAUGGUCACUGUGAAGCCCUGAAGACACUUGCCGAAACCCUCGUGAACCUCGAUGUGCGGGACCACAAGGGACGGACAGCACUGUACCUCGCCACGGAGAGGGGCUCCACGGAGUGCGUGGAGGUGCUCACCAGCCACGGCGCGUCCGCCCUGGUGAAGGAGAGGAAGAGGAAGUGGACACCUCUCCACGCUGCAGCUGCCAAUGGGAACACGGAUUCCCUGCACCUCCUGAUAGACAGUGGGGAGCGAGCGGACAUCACCGACGUCAUGGACAUCCAUGGCCAAACCCCACUGAUGCUGGCGAUCAUGAAUGGCCACGUUGACUGUGUCCACCUCCUUUUGGAGAAGGGGUCCACAGCUGAUGCAGCAGACAAGAGGGGCAGGACCGCCCUGCAUCGAGGGGCUGUGACGGGCUGUGAGGACUGCCUGGCUGCCCUGCUGGACCAUGAUGCCUUCGUUCUGUGUCGGGAUUUCAAAGGCCGGACCCCGAUCCACUUUGCGUCGGCGUGUGGGCACUUAGAAAUCCUGAGGACCCUGCUGCAGGCAGCCCUCUCUACUGACCCUUUGGACUCUGUGGUGGACUACAGUGGCUACUCACCGAUGCACUGGGCUUCGUAUAGUGGGCAUGAAGAUUGUCUUGAAUUGUUACUUGAACACAAUCCAUUUGCAUACCUAGAAGGAAAUCCCUUUACUCCAUUGCACUGUGCAGUAAUUAACAACCAGGACGGCACUGCUGAAAUGCUGGUGGAAGCAUUAGGUGCCAAGAUUGUUAAUAGCAGAGAUGCCAAAGGAAGGACACCCCUUCACGCUGCUGCCUUUGCAGACAACAUCCAUGGUUUACAGCUGCUUCUGCGCCACCAAGCUGAGGUGGACAUGACUGACAAGCUGGGGAGGACUCCCCUCAUGAUGGCUUCUGAGAACGGGCACACUGCAGCAGUUGAGUUCCUGCUGUACCGAGCAAAAGCAAAUAUAACUGUGCUGGAUGUCAACAAGAACACAGCUCUUCACCUGGCCUGCAGCAAGGGUCAUGAAAAGUGUGCCUUGUUGAUCCUGGGGGAAACCCAAGACCUUGGCCUUAUCAAUGCAAGUAACAGUGCUCUGCAGAUGCCGCUCCACAUCGCAGCUCGCAACGGACUGGCCUCUGUCGUCCAAGCCCUGCUCAGCAGAGGUGCCACUGUGCUGGCUGUGGAUGAAGAAGGUCAUACCCCAGCCUUGGCAUGCGCCCCCAACAAGGACGUUGCCGACUGCCUGGCACUUAUCCUCUCCACCAUGAAGCCUUUCCCACCUAAAGACGCCAUCAGCUCUUUCAGCUUCAACCUCCUCAAGAACUGCGGCAUUGCAGCCAAAACCGCAGCCUGCGGGGCCCUGCCCAACGGCAGCACUUGCCCCUACAGCAAGGACCGGCACAGUGCCAUCGGCUUAGACGGCUGUUACUCGGAGUAGCUUAAACUAUGGGUGACCUAAUAUCUUAUUAUAUUUAUUUAGAAAUUCUAUAAAUAUAGGGCACUUUAAAGGAGAACAAGACUGGGCAGGCCUUCUAGUGUGGCCGGGUAAGCCAAGAGUUCAGAGCUUCCUCUUCUUGCUUGAUUGCCAGUGUGGUGCCAAAGCUGUUAAUUGAAUUAUAGAGCAGCUGUUAGUACUGUUCCCCACCCCUGCCCCUCCUGCAUCCUCUCCCGUGUGAGUGCAUGCUUCCACCUUGCUGUUGUGAUUUCUCUGACUGCAGGACCAGAGAUGAACGCUGCAGACCUAGGGUUGAGAUGAGGCAGGUAUUUGGAGACUUGCCCCGGACUCCUCUUUGGGGUUUCCUGUUUUUUUGUUUUGUUUUGUUUUGUUUUGUUUGUUUGUUUAUUUUAAGAAACUUAAAAAGUUUCUUGCGUCCUCUAGCUAGGCAGCUCCCCUUUAGAAAUUGCAAAGCGGGAUUGCUCUCCCAAUAAGUUGAGCCUUUUCCUGCUGCCAGGGCUCCUCCUGCUGAUCUCUGCAUCUUGCGGUGGCCUGGGAGCUGCUAGGAGGUUCACACUGUUUCCCUUGAGCAGCGGCUUGACUCUGUGGCCAAAAAGAAUUGAGAAAAAAGAACUGAAGGAAAAAAAAAAGAAAAGCAGUGGGUUGGGACCAUCCAGUAGUCCAAAGAUGGGAAGAGCAUUUGGGUCCCAGCCUUUGGAGUGUAUUGAAAUCGGUCCCAGCCUUUCCGAGUCCCCUGUCCCGGCCUCUCACCCUGUCUUGCCUUCGCUACAGCUCCACGUGCCCCCAGGGCUGCCGUGUCCCCCCCCCCCCGCUGCCCCCGAGCACUCGAUCUGCUCAUUCCUCCACGGCACCGUCUAGCCAGACCUGGAAGCCUGAACUCUUGGUGGGAUGGGGGGGGGGCAGGGGAUUUGGGGGAAUUCGAUGCUCUUGCAAACGCCGGGGUGGGUGUUAGCUCCUGGCCAAGUGCCACUGUAACUGCUCCUCUAUGAGUCACACUUUUCUCACGCUCAUCCUUUGAUUCCAAUACAAACACUUGAUCAAGACCUACUGUACCUGGGACACUAAAAUACCCUUUUGGCAGCUGUCAUUUAUAUGCAAAAACGGGUGCUGCUGCCCAACCCCGCGGUCUGCUCACCUGCGGAUGUGUUGCUGGAACCUCCCUCCCUACACCAGGCACUUUAGGGAUUCCGUUGGUUUCUUUUUUUCUUGGCAAAAUGUUGGAUCCGAAGAAAUGAUUCUUUUUUUUGAAUUUUCGUUCUCUUGUUGCGUGGCCAUUUCCAUGCGAGAGUCAGUGUUGCUUUUUUUUUUUUAAAAAAAUAUUUAUAAAGAAACGAGCAUUUACCUUUAAAAAACAGCAAAAAUCACAAAAAAAAUCUGAACGUUUUAGCCUUUUAAUAAGGAAAAAAUGCACUUCAAAGUCCUUAUUCACAACCCUAAAUAAGCCUGUGUUUAUUUUUCUAAUGCAGCAUCUUGGCAGGUUUUAUUAGCGUGUGUGUAUGUGAGAUCAUUGUUUUUUGUUCUUUUUUAAUUUUAAAAAUCAUAUUUAUAAUGCAGGUUUGAAGCAUUCAAGAAUGUUGCACUGUUUUUGUUUUUGAUUUUUUUUGAGUUACUGUAACAGUAUCAUGUGCAAAAAACCAAUACUCUCUUUCACCAUAUCACAAGUCUGUUCAAAGCCAAAGACUGGGGCGCAGAGGACGCGAAUGGGCUGGCAGGGCACCGCGUGCUGAAGACAUCGUCCUUUCCGCCAACCGUCUUUCCUUUCCCAGCCUUGCCGGGAGAGAGGGAGCGCUGGGCUGGGGCCAAGGCGCCGUCCCUGGCCGCCCCGGCGGUGUCCUGCGUGGAUCUGUGGGUGCCAGGCUUUGGACUGCGAUGGGGAGAACAGUCUGUUAGAGGAUGCCGCUUUCACGCUGCCCCAUCGCCUUUGCUCUGCCCCACGCCUCCGGUGGCCACGAGACUGUUACAGGAGCGUGCGAGCUGCACGUUUUGGCUCUUCUAGGUAGCGUUUAAAAGAGGAAAAAGCAUUUCUGUAACCAAAAUAAUGUAUUAUUUCUUUUUAUUAUUAUUAUUUUUACAUGAAGGUGGCUUCUUUUAGGGUUUUGUUUGUUGCGGUUUCUGUUGUUGUGUGAAGCGGGCAGUGCGACGUGCCGUUUUUGCAGGCUUUCCGCAGGGAAGCGGCAGAGCCCCGCUCCCACCGGCGCGCGGACGAGGCCGCCGAGCCGAGGUGCCGCCGGCCGGUCGGCAGAGAGGUCUUUCCUCCCGGCAGGAGUCGGAUCCCGAGGUGGGAAAGUCCCGUCGCACUGUUUCUUUCUUUUACCAAAGCCAAACUCUUAGAACCAAAUACAAAGCUUCAGUCUUGGCCUUUGGGUGAUAAGCACAUUUUCUCCGCGUUUCGUGUAACAGUUUUACCUGCGGAGGAGCGGCGCGGGGGACCUCGUGGUUCUCUGCUUGCUCUCCUCCCGCUCCGUGGCACCAGCUCAGCACGGAGCUUCGUCUCCCCGUCACGUUACCACCUUGCACUUCCGUUCAGCAAAGCACUCUAGAAAUUUGACCUCAUCCAGAUUUUGGAAACGGGGAGCAGAGACAGAAACUGGGUGCUUGACGUUAGCACGGUAGUCAGCCUCGUCUUCAGAGGGCUUAAAUCUUUGGAUGGCGGAUGCCAGGUCGUUCCCCUCGAUGCACUUCUCAUAAACCUUUCUUGAAGACUGAUUUGCCGUUAAGCAGCUCCAGGCGUUUUGGCACGCGCAGGCACCCAGCGAGCAGCAGCUGCUCUCCCCGGAGCGCUUUCCUUUCCAGCCGCUCGCCCCGUCCGGCUCAGGAAAUCUCCCUUGGCAAAGCCGCCGGGGCAGCUCGGCGGCGGCUCCCCUCCCGCCUGCAGUGGUAGGGUAGGAUCGAUCCUCCGGGACAGGGAAAUCCGACCCCCUCCCCGCUCACCCCUCGCAGCCUCUUAGCUUGAAAGCGAGUGUUAACCUUUCUGCACCGAAUACCUCAGUUUGGAAUCGGAGCUCACGAAACUUGAAUAAAGAGAUCCUUUUUGAAGAUGCUUUUCAGUAUUCUACAGAGGAGAACUGGAAAAAGAGACUUGUUUACAUUGCUGUCGAGUCCGCACUUGCCUCCUGCAGCGCUUUCCCUUUCCGGGAGGGAUUCAGGCAUCACUUUAUCUCUUCCUCUUCUCGCUGCUGGCCAUCGCCCUCCCCCAGGGGCAGGAAAAUGGGUCCAAAGUCCUGAGUCGUCUUUUUCAAGGGCUAAAGUACUUUUUCAGGCACAUGGAGAGGCAGAGCUGCCGCAGGCCUUGCUUUCCAGAGCCGCUCCGGGAGCGACGGUGCCCGCGGCGCAGGCCGUUUCCCGGGGCCGGUUGGUGCUCGGCGGUCCCUGGGAGCGGAGGCGCCUUCCGAGCCCCGCUCUGGCUCUCGGAGCCGUAGGCGAAGGCUCGGCCGUGUCGGCAGGGCUGGGGCUGCCCUCGGGGCCGCCGGGGUGCAAGUCCAAAACCAUUUCAGUUGAAAGCAACUUCCUCCUGUAGCCAGGGUGAGAGAAUGUCUUAGAGUACAUGGAGUGUGCUGCUUUUCCUUCUUUCUUUUUUUAAAUGUCGUUUUCAGUUUCUUUUUUUUUAAGAAGGUUGAUUUUUUUGCUUCCUUUCUGUGCUAUGAUUUGUUACCUUUCACUCAACAUGAUGACUAAAACUACGACGAGACAAUCAAUGUGAUCUCUGUAAGGGCUUCUCCAUUUCUUCUCUGCAGCACCAUGCUUUAAACAUGUGUAUUUUUUGCUCUUAGAGAUUUUUUUUCUCUUUCUCCCCCCUCCUUGUGUCUUAUUGAAAAUAAUAAUAAUAAUGGAGUGAAAUGAGGUUUCAGCAGCACAUCCGUGGU